GGCGGCCUGGGCUGCGGCCUCCCCGCGGGUCCCUGGAAGCGGGCGCGCGGCCGGCGUGGGAGCAGAGGCGGAGGCCCCGGUGCGUCCUUCUGCCCCACAGCCUGAGCCCGGGCGGCUGGAGGGCUCCGCUGCCCAGGAUGGGAAUUCUCUUCACCCGGAUCUGGAGGCUGUUCAAUCACCAGGAGCACAAAGUUAUCAUUGUUGGGCUGGACAAUGCAGGGAAGACUACCAUCCUUUACCAGUUUUCCAUGAAUGAAGUUGUACAUACAUCCCCUACAAUAGGAAGUAAUGUGGAAGAGAUUGUGGUUAAUAAUACUCGUUUCCUGAUGUGGGAUAUUGGCGGCCAAGAAUCCCUCCGCUCUUCCUGGAACACUUACUAUACUAACACAGAGUUUGUAAUAGUUGUUGUGGACAGCACAGACAGAGAAAGAAUUUCUGUAACUAGAGAGGAGCUCUACAAAAUGCUAGCCCAUGAGGACCUGAGGAAAGCUGGGCUGCUGAUUUUUGCUAAUAAACAAGAUGUUAAGGAAUGCAUGACAGUAGCAGAGAUCUCCCAGUUUUUGAAGCUGACGUCUAUAAAAGACCACCAGUGGCAUAUCCAGGCGUGCUGCGCUCUUACUGGCGAGGGGUUAUGCCAAGGACUUGAAUGGAUGAUGUCACGGCUGAAGAUCAGAUGAUCUCUACUGACCUCUUCUCAUGGACGCUGUAUGAACAAAGUGCUGGACUUUACCUGAAAGCUGCAAAAAAUGGUUUAGAUAUAUUUAUAAUAAACUGAUUUAAGAAUUUUCUAUAAGAAGAAAAAUUAAGACCACUUAUUUGAAAACAAAGAUGAAAUGUCACCACCCGGUUUGCUUUCUCAUUCCUUCCAAAGCUGUGACGGACAUUUUCUCAUGAUGGUUCCUCUCAGGACAUGAGAUAGCUGUGGCGCGCACAGAGGGAGAGGAAGACAUUUGAACUUUAGAGCUUUAUUGUCAGCGUGACUCGCCCACCCCACCCCAAGUUAAGUGUUCCCUUCUUAUUACAUUGAAUCAAAUACAAAUCAGCACAGAUACUGUUUGCAGUUUUUAAAAAUGUAAUAUUAUGGAAAGUAUUUUGCUUACAGUUGAAUAUGUAUUAUGUAUAUACCUCAAGUUCAGGUUAAUGGCUUUGAUUUGUGUUCUAAAGAAAAGCAAAUAACACAAAUUAAAAGUAACCUUAGUUAUUCUCCUAAUGAC